AUGUUUUCACAAUUGAUUCGUUGGGGGACAAGCAGAACUAUUAGUCAAGGCGGCCCUCGUCUUUUGAGCGGCAGCUUGGGGAUUUCAAAUCCAUUUUUAACCCGAGGUUUCAAAGUCAGAACUGCCAUCAAGAAGUUCUGCAGCGAUUGUUAUAUGGUUAGGCGCAAAGGCAGAGUCUACGUGUAUUGCAAAUCUAACAAAAAACAUAAACAACGCCAAGGUUAG